AUGGAAGCAACCAGCCAACAACAACAGCAGGAGGACGUUGCCACCUCCAAGCGCAUCUAUCUUGGAAAUCUCCUCUACUCGGUCAAGCCCGGCACCAUCGAGGACAUGCUUCACGAGGGAGGCUUCGGCAACUUUGAAAAGAUUCACAUCUCCGUCGAUCCCGUCAGCGGCCGCAACCCGGGCUACUGCUUCGUCGACUUCCCUGACAAGGCCUCGGCCGACCGCGCCCUCGAAACCCUCGACGUCUCCAUCGGCGGUCGCCCCCUCAAGGUUCGCCCCUGCGAGCCCAAGAAGCCGCGCGCCUCGACCGGUGGUGCGCGUUGGGGCCGCGAGGGCGGCAACGCCGACUCCGGCUCCUCAUCGCCCGCGCGCAACAACAACCGCAAUGACAACGGCCAAGGCUUUAACCGCUGGGGUGACUGGAACUCGAACCGCGACGGACAGCAGCAGCAGCAGCAGCAGCAGCAGCAGCGCGGCGGUAGCGACAGGAACGGCCCCGGCGCGGCCCUCAACCACUUUGACGAGAACAUGCAGGAGGAGGGCCGCAGGCUGUUUGUCGGUGGCCUGGGCAAGAUGAUUGACCAGGAGCACAACCGUGUCGAGAUGGAGUCCAUCUUUGCAGAGUUUAAGCCGGCCGCCAUCGGCAAGCGCAUCACUGCCCGCCCCGACGACAGCAAGCCCAGCGGCAACCGCAACUUUUGCUUCGUCGACUUUGACACGCGUGAGGAGGCCGAGGCCGCACGCCUCGCCCUCGACGGUAUCGAGCUCAACGGCAGCCCCAUCACGGUGCGCACCGCCCGCCGCCAGCGCGAGCAGACGAUGCCCAGCAGCUACCGCCACGACAUUCAGCGCAACGGCAGCGGCAACGGAAACAACAACGGCGACGCACCGGCGGGUGGCGCCCAGGACUCGCCAAGCAGGGGCUUUGCCUCUCGUGACUGGCGCCGUCGUGCGGACUAA